AUGACCUCGACCACGCAGUCUUGGGCUGCUGCUACACAAUCAUGGGCGUCGUGGUUGCUCGACUCCUACGCUUCGUCGGUCUCGCCCAUGGCCACUGACACUUCCUUUCGACACCAUGAAGAAUCCCAUUCUACCUCCGAGUACUCCUCCCACGACGACGGCCAUUCGUCUGUGUCCUCUGUCUCCAUGUCCUCCGCCUAUGGUCCCUAUGUGAAGACUGGUCGCGGUGGCGCUGGCAACUUCACCUGGGAGACGGACGUCCAACUCGCCCCUCGAUCUACUUCUCCUAUUGACCUCGAAGCGAAUCGGCCACCACAACAUGCAUCCCUAGCAGAGCGCCGCAAAGCAGCAGCUAGGCUGGAAAGCAUCAAUACGCAUGAUACGAGGCCCUUGCGCCAGCACUCAGCCCAGUAUCUGUCUGCUGGGCGUGGCGGAGCCGGCAAUUAUGUUGUCGCCGACGUGAAAUUUCCUCAGCGAAGCCCGAGUUUACCAGCCAGUUUCACAUCUCCCGCUCAAGCGAAACCUAGUCCACAGAGCCAAAAUCUAUAUCCCGCCGGAAACGCCGGAAGAGGAGGAGCUGGUAAUUACGCAGCAGCAGCAGAGGCCAAAGGCCGGGUUGAAUCAGAAAAGGAUCAGGAAGAGCGACUUGCCGCUGAGCAAAGAAGAGGCCAGAUUGCUGAAAAGGUAGACGGCUUGCUACAACCUCCCCCAGGCGCCUGGCUCGGUCGGGGACGAGUGAAGAGUGAGUCGAUGUAUGAAGAUGUUUGA